AUGCUGUACUAUAAAGAUCCAGAAACCGAGUGGUUGUCCCUCCACAAAACUGAAUUUUCGAAGAUAUCUCAAGAUGAUAGUGAUAUUUUACCCACAUUAAAGCUUAGCUAUGAUUGUCUCACCUCCAAUUUGAAACAUUGUUUUUCCUAUUGUAGCUUGUUUCCUAAAGAUCAUUAUAUUAAUGUAGAAAACCUUAUCAAGCUUUGGAUGGCUCAAGGAUUUAUUAAGGCAUCUGAUGCAAAUCAAUCACUAGAGGAUAUGGGCCGUGAAUAUUUUAUGGAAUUAUAUUGGAGAUCGUUUUUUCAAGAAGUGGAAGAAGAUGAGUUUGGUAAUAUAUAUUAUUGUAAAAUGCACGAUCUCAUGCAUGAUCUUGCACUAAAAGUAGCUGGAGCAAAGUGUGCUAUGUUACCAUCAGACAAAAAAGAUAUUGACAGAAGAGCUCGUCACUUGUCAUUCAAUUUUUCCUUAAAAUCAUCCCAACAGAUUCCAAUUUCUGUGUCUCAAACAGCAAAUAGGAUCCGAACAGUUCUUUUGCCUAGCCAACAAAGGGAACGUUAUGCAUUGAGAGAAAGUUUGCAGUUAUGUGAUGCAUUUUUUUCAAAUUUCAAGUUCUUACGUGCUUUGGAUCUGCAUGACUCUGGAUUAACGACAUUAUCAAAUUCCAUUGGAAAAUUGAGGCAUCUAAGAUAUCUCGAUCUUUCUGGUACAAAAAUCAAGGCAUUGCCUAAUUCCAUUACCAAGUUAUAG